CAACUGUUUAUCCUGACGUCAGUUUGAUCGGACCGUACGGCCCCCGUUUCACUUCACGCGACUCUCAGCUGCGCUACGGCUGGAUUUCAGGAAUCGAUGACCGGGAGUCGGUCCACAACUUCAUCAUCCAAACUACUGGAGCCACUGAAAUGAUUUCGGUUUGUUUUCCCAACUGGACUAAAACCUAAGAUGAAUACCUGCGCGUUUCUCUUGAUUCUGGCUAUUCAGAUUCACGCCGAUAGCGUGGAGGGACCAACAGCGGGCUGUACGUUUGACGAUGAUGCGGACCCCAGCCUCUGCGAGUUCAGCCAAGGGGAUGAGGAUGAUUUUGAUUGGCAGCUGUACCGUGCCCAUGCCUCGCCAUACCCGUCCUCUGAUCUCCUGCGCGGCUCCUACAUGAUGGUCAACUCCUCCCAGCAUGCAGCGGGGCAGAGGGCUCAGCUUCUGCUGCAGACAUUAAGUGAAAAUGACACGCACUGCGUUCAGUUCAGCUACUUUCUGUACAGCAGAGACGGCCACAGCCCCGGGGCGCUGCGCGUUUAUGUGCGGGUCAACGGUGGGCCGCUUGGCAUCCCCGUAUGGAACGUCUCUGGCUCGCGUGGACGACAAUGGCACCAAGUGGAACUGGCGGUCAGCACAUUCUGGCCAAAUGAGUACCAGAUAUUGCUAGAGGCAACUGUGGACCGUCGAGGUUACAUUGCUGUCGAUGACAUUCUCCUGUUGAACUACCCCUGCUAUAAAGCCCCUCAUUUCUCUCGUCUGGGGGAUGUGGAGGUUAACGCUGGACAAAACGCCACUUUCCAGUGUGUGGCAGCAGGGCGUCCGUCUGAAGCCGAGAAGUUCUUGUUAGAGCGGCACAAUGGUGAAGUGUCCUCGGGUGGUUCUGUCAAGCACUUGGGCCGCAACCGCUUCUCAGUGUCCUUUCAACUAGAGAAUGUCCAGAAGCCAGAGCAGGACCUCAACCGCUGCGUCACGCAGUCCUCCAGAGGUUCCGGUGUCUCCAACUUCGCCGAACUCAUCGUCAAAGUGCCCCCGUCUCCAAUUGCUCCGCCCCAGCUGUUGAGAGCCGGCUCCACUUAUCUGAUUAUUCAGCUCAACACCAACUCCAUCCUGGGCGACGGCCCCAUCAUUCGUCGGGAAAUCGAAUAUCGGGCCAGCCAGGCACCCUGGUCGGAGAUUCUUGGAGUCAACAUGCUCACCUAUAAGCUUUGGCACCUGGACCCAGAUACAGAGUACCAUAUCUGUGUGCUGCUCACCCGGCCGGGCGAGGGUGGGACCGGACCACCUGGACCACCCCUCAUUAGCAGAACCAAGUGUGCUGAGCCCAUGCGGGCGUUGCGUGAUCUCAGGGCUUCGGAGAUCCAAUCCCGGCAGCUGAACUUACUGUGGGAGACGCCGGCCUUCAACCUGACCCGCUGCCACACGUACGCCGUCUCCCUGUGCUACCGCUACACAACCGCAGGGGGCGGCGGCGGGCACAACACCACGGUCAGAGAAUGCCUGGCCGUGGAGCACAACACUUCACGCUUCACCCUCCGAGACCUGCCCCCUUAUCACACCAUCCAAAUACGCCUGGCGCUCGCCAACUCGGAGGGCAAGAAGGAAGGGAAGGAGGUCAGCUUUCAGACCGAGGAGGACAUUCCCGGCGGCAUUGCUCCAGAAUCUCUCACGUUCACCCCGCUGGAUGACAUGAUCUUCCUCAAAUGGGAGGAGCCUGUGGAUCCCAAUGGUCUCAUCACACAGUAUGAGAUUAGCUACCAGAGCAUUGAAUCCUCCGAUCCCGGCAUCAACGUUCCAGGUCCCAGGCGCACCGUAUCCAAGCUGAGGAAUGAGACGUACCAUAUGUUCUCCAACCUGCAUCCUGGCACCACCUACCUAAUCUCCGUCCGGGCCCGUACAGCCAAGGGCUUUGGCCAAACGGCUCUCACUGAAAUCACCACCAACAUUUCUGCCCCUACGUUUGAUUAUGCAGACAUGCCGUCCCCUCUGAGCGAGACGGACAGCACCAUCACAGUCCUGUUGCGUCCAGCACAAGGCAGGGGAGCUCCAGUUAGCACGUAUCAAGUGGUCGUGGAGGAGGAAAUGGUUCGAAAGGUGAAGCGAGAGCUGGGUGCUCAAGAAUGCUUCCCGAUUCCCACAUCUCACGGUGAAGCGCAGGCCCGCGGAGCACCGCAAUACUAUACAGCCGAACUGCCGCCGAGCAGCCUCCCGGAGGCCACGCCGUUUACCGUGGGAGACAACCACACCUACAACGGCUACUGGAACAGCCCUCUGGACCCUAGAAAGAACUACCUCAUCUACUUCCAGGCCAUGAGCAACUUUAGAGGAGAAACGAGGAUAAACUGCAUCCGUGUCGCCCGUAAAGCUGCCUGUAAGGAUCACCAGAGAGCUCUUGAGGUCACUCAACGCUCAGAGGAGAUGGGGCUGAUAUUGGGAGUUUGUGCUGGUGGGCUGGUGGUCCUCAUACUGCUGCUAGGGGCUAUUAUUAUAAUCAUCAAGAAAGGAAGGGAUUACCACUCAUAUUCCUAUUAUCCUAGGAAGCCGGUGAACAUGAAUAAGACCCCCAUUACGUACAGGCAGGAGAAGAGUAAUAUGAUGGGCUCCAUGGAGCGAAGUUUCACUGAUCAGAGCACUCUGCAGGAGGACGAGAGGAUGGCCUUGUCAUUUAUGGACACCCAUACGUGCAGCACACGCAGUGAUCCACGCAGCUCCAUGAAUGAGUCCAGCAGUCUGCUCGGCGGGUCGCCCCGGAGACAGUGCGGGCGUAAAGGGUCACCAUAUCACACAGGCCAACUUCACCCAGCAGUGCGUGUGGCUGACCUUCUCCAGCACAUCAACCAGAUGAAAACCGCAGAGGGCUAUGGCUUCAAACAGGAGUAUGAGAGCUUCUUUGAUGGCUGGGAUAUCAAUUCCAUCAAGAAGAAGGAUAAAACCAAGGGAAGACAGGAUACCCUGAUGGGUUAUGACCGUCACAGGGUGAAAUUGCACCCGCUGCUUGGGGAUCCAAACUCUGACUAUAUCAACGCCAAUUAUAUUGAUAUUCGGAUAAACAGGGAAGGUUACCAUCGAUCUAACCACUUCAUCGCCACUCAGGGGCCAAAGCAGGAGACGGUCUAUGACUUUUGGAGGAUGGUUUGGCAAGAGAACUGCUUUAGCAUCGUCAUGAUCACCAAGCUAGUGGAGGUGGGCAGGGUGAAAUGCUGCAAGUAUUGGCCAGAUGAGUCAGAGAUGUACGGAGACAUUAAGAUCACGCUGCUUAAGACGGAAACUCUGGCGGAGUACACAGUGCGAACAUUUGCCCUGGAGCGGAGAGGCUACUCCGCCAAACACGAAGUGUGCCAGUUUCACUUCACGUCGUGGCCUGAGCACGGAGUCCCGUUCCACGCUACGGGUCUGUUAGCCUUUAUUCGCCGGGUCAAAGCCUCCACGCCGCCUGAUGCAGGGCCGGUGGUGGUCCACUGCAGUGUGGGGGCGGGCAGGACCGGCUGCUAUAUCGUGCUGGACGUGAUGUUGGACAUGGCAGAAUGCGAGGGUGUGGUGGACAUCUACAACUGCGUGAAGACCCUCUGUUCUCGCCGAAUCAACAUGAUCCAGACCGAGGAGCAGUAUAUAUUCAUUCAUGACGCGAUCCUGGAGGCGUGUCUGUGCGGAGAGACGGCCAUCCCAGUCAAUGAGUUCGAUCUUGCAUACAAAGAGAUGCUGAGGGUGGAUUCUCAGAGCAACUCAUCACAGCUCAGAGAGGAGUUCCAGACGCUAAACUCCGUGACACCUCACCUGGACGUCGAGGAGUGCAGCAUUGCCCUUUUACCACGAAACCGGGAGAAGAAUCGCAGCAUGGAUGUUCUCCCACCGGACCGAGCCUUGGCCUUCUUGGUGACCACAGAGGGCGAGAGCAACAACUACAUCAAUGCUGCGCUGAUGGACAGUUUCCACCGACCCGCUGCCUUCAUAGUGACCCCCCACCCGCUGCCCGGCACGACCUCGGACUUCUGGAGGCUGGUGUUUGACUACGGCUGCACCUCUGUGGUCAUGCUGAAUCAGGUCAACCAGUCCAACUCGGCUUGGCCUUGUGUGCAGUACUGGCCUGAACCAGGUCUUCAGCAAUACGGUCCUAUGCAAGUGGAGUUUCUGUCCAUGUCUGCAGAUGAGGACAUCAUUACCCGUCUCUUUCGGGUCAAAAACGUGACUCGAUUGCAGGAGGGUCAGCUGGUCGUGUGCCAGUUCCAGUUCCUGCGCUGGUCUGCGUAUCGUGACGUGCCUGACUCCAAGAAGGCCUUCCUCAACCUGCUGGCCAGCGUGCAGAAGUGGCAGAGGGAAUGUGGGGAAGGUCGUACCCUGGUUCACUGCCUGAACGGCGGCGGUCGCAGUGGAAUGUACUGUGCCAGUAACAUCCUGAUGGAGAUGAUAGAAUACCAGAACAUGGUGGAUGUCUUCUAUGCCGUCAAGACCCUUCGUAACGCUAAGCCCAACAUGGUGGAGACACUGGAGCAGUAUCGAUUCUGUUACGAGCUGGUUCUGGAGUAUUUGGACUGCUUGGAGGUCAGAUAGCGGAAUCCCAGAUCCCCACUCGCUGACCUCACAGGCUGGAGCAGUACCACCGGCGGGCUCACGCCUUCACCCAAUCUCCAUCUGCAUCUCGUUCCCCUUCUUUCUUCGUCCAUCGAAAAGCAGCGGGAAUGAGAUAAGACAAAAAACGGAGAGUCGAUUUUUCUGCUUAUUUCCCCCAAACAUCCAAACGCUCUGUGUUUAUUUUGGUUCUCAAAUAUUUUCAGCCUGUUUGUCUGUGAGCAAUUCUGCAAAAAGCUCCGAAGCCUGGCUCGGCGCAGCGUGGUUGGCUCACCUCCGCUCGCAGCGACUGUGAGCCGUUUCUAAAAACAGCGGCUUUGUUUUACACCUGCCUGUUUCUCUUUGGCUGACUGACUGGACUGAGGAGCAAAAAUAAACAUCGCUUUGGAAAAGUUCUCUUUCAGUGGAGUUGAGAGUCGGGCGUCUUUACCGUGACCCCCUUCAAAGGAGUCAGGGACCUGCCGUGGCCCUUAAAAGAAGAAGGACUCCACACACACACACACACACAUGCAUGCACAAACGCUCACAUACAGUACACAUGUGCACGGACGUCACUGAUAUACCGAAUCAACCAGCAGAUGACUUUUCAUCAACUGCCUAUCAAAGAUGUCGAUGCCUCUUCGAUCGUUUAACAAACGUUUUCGUUUCAGUGUUGAACUGCGUUUUGAAACAAGGCCUUGAGACUGCGUUUAAGCGAGCAUGUGUGCUCCCCGCAAACACGUUUUAAUGGGGAGACACCCGAUAGGUCCUCGUGUCAUCUGGAGGCGGAGUUUAUACUGGUGCCAUAUUUCUCAAGAGGAGAUUGACAGUGCAACUUUGCUAUCUUGUUGUCGUCGUCUUUUUUCCCCUGGCCUGUAUAUAUACUUAAUGUCCGCUGGAAAUCCCUUAAGUCUUAAGGUGUGUGUCUCAAGUGCUAACAGUGGCCCUGUGUGCUUAAAGCGAAAGAAGUACAUUAGCAAGGGGCAGCUGGCGGUGGAUUAAACUCUGACCUUCAUCCACUCGCUCAAAGGUUUCGAGAGCUCGGUUAAUAGUCUUUUUACGAGGCGAGAACAGAGCGAGACUGCGUCAAUCGAGGAGAACGAAGUCGAAAGCAACGCCGGCAAUUUACUACUACUUUUCGCUUGUAACUAUUUAUCUGACUGACUCGUGUUCUUUGAGUGGGUUUUGUUUGAUAUUUGUGAAGCUUUGAGUGUACAGCUGAAUCCUGGGCUCGACGUUCUUCAAAGCAUCCCUUUAAUUUUACAGGUUCACAGUUCAUUUCUGUCCCAUCUCAAUAUUCCAAAGCUUAGAUUUGGUGAUUUCUUUUCUCCCGUAACUUGACAGAAGAUGGAUGAGUCUGUCAGUUCUGUUUCAAAACAGUUUAGCAGAGAAUUGUUGAGCGCCAAGAGUUAUUGAAAUUGUAUUCGCCGCCAUCAAAUGACAGUACCACAAAGCACAAAAUCUGGUAAGAGACGUACAUACAUUUAUGACCCCAACUGUGAAAAUGCCAUAUCAGCGAAAUGCCAAGUUAGCUUGAUCCCAGUGAGUUAAAUAAAUCAUCUAAGAUGCCCAAGUAAACCCAGAGCGAUGGCUUGUUCGCAAGAUUGUUCAAAUUAAAAUAUACUUUGUGAUCCUAUAGACGAGCGCUGGAUUACACUACACGACUUUAACCCUGACAUAUUCACUAAGAAGUGCCAUUUUCAGCCUCAGCAAAUGUGUUGAGCUUCUAAGUCAUGUAGUGUAAUCCAGCUUUGAGACCGUGGUGUAAGUUAUGUCAUCACAAUUCCUUUUUGGACUUUCUUGGAAAGUGCCUGGACACUGAAUUGGAAAGUAUGUGUACAUAUACGUAGAUGUAUAUUUGUGUUCUGUGAAUAGUAUGUGAAUAAAGUUUGCCUGGCCAGAUUUAACGAAUUUUAAAGGUAAUAGAGAGCGUCGAGUGUAAUGUUGAAAAUCUAUUUCCUGAAUAUGCCAACAAAAGAUCAGACACAUCUCCAGUCAACUGUGGAUGAUCUCUAAAAGCCAUUCCAAAGCCGCCCCCUCCAGAAGGCUCAUUUCGUCACUUACGAUUGUGUCACCCUCAUUCCAAAGACACCAAGCUUCUAUCGGUCGUCAUCGUCCCGAGAGAAGGGAAUUUUCCACUCAUGAACAGCUGGUGAGCCGGGUCCUUGUUUUCUGUGCGUUCUGUUAGUUCAUUUGUUUCCUUUAAAGUGUUUCUGUAUGUUAUUGAAUGACAUGAAAAAGAACUGUGUUUUUGACCAUGUGUUUGUGGGACAGGAAGAGGAUGUGGAGGCAUACGUAUAUCUCAAUGGGGAAUUGAGGGGUUGGGGUGGGACGGGUUGUUCAAACAACAAUAAAAUGUUCUAAGACUGGAAAGGUGUUUUGUGGA